AUGUACUCAGGAGAACCGGAGCAGAGUUACGGCGUGCUGAGCAUGCUCACGCUGGGCACCGUGUGUGAGAACCUGCUCGCGUCCAUGCACUCAGUGGAGAAACUGCACCAGCCUUCCAACUACCUGAUGGUGUCGCUGGCCGACCUGUUCAUGCCGUUCGUGACGGAUCUGAUCGGCGUCUUCAGUUGGUUCUUCUGUAACGUCCUCAUCACCAUGGACGUGAUGUUCUGCACCGCCUCCAUCGUGACCCUGUGUGUCAUCAGCAUCGACAGGUACCUCGGCAUCAUAAGGCCAUUGAGGUACCUGGUGCACCAGAACGUCUGGUGCAUGGCGAGGAAGGUUCUGUCUGUGUGGCUGCUGUCGGCCUCCAUCUCUCUACCGCCGCUGUUCGGCUGGGCGCAGAACGUCAACGACGACAACCAGUGCCUGAUCAGCCAGGACUUCGAUUACACCAUCUACUCCACCGCCGUGGCCUUCUAUGUAUCCAUGAGCGUCAUGCUGGUGAUGUACCACCGGAUUUACCCCGCCAAGCUCAGCGCCACCAAACACGCCAUGUCAGGAUUCCCUCGUCCAGCCAAGGGAGGCGACGGUGAGAUGGGUUCCCACACAGAGCCACGUUAA